CCACGCCAUGCAAGCCACCCGGGCGUCCACCACCGUCAGUGUGUUUACGGACUGCAGCAUCCCGGCCGGGCUCCGGAUAGGACCGGUACCGGGCAUCUUCAAACUCGGGAAGUACGUGUCGGAUCGUAAGGAAGUUGGACCCAAGAAGAAGAUCCGCUUGGUUCGGGGGGAGUUCGUGGAUGAGUCGGGCUGUCCCGUACCAGACUGGAUCGGAUUCAUCCGCGCCGCCAGGAACAGUCAAGAGCAAAACCUGGAGGCUGUGUCGGACUUACCUGGUGGACAGAUUUUCUACCGAGUGCUGAGAGAAAUCCCCGCAGGAGAGGAGCUCAGUGUCUGGUACUCCAACCCUCUGGCCCAGUGGUACGACAUCCCCACCACGGCCACUCCCACGCACGACGAGAAAGGUGAGGAGCGCUACAUCUGCUGGUACUGCUGGAGAAUAUUCAAAUACCCGAACACGCUCAAGGCCCACGUCCACUUCCACUGCGCUCUGAGCAACGGGCGGGGGUUUGUGAACAGCGAGCAGGCCAGAGGCACCGAGACGUUCAGCAGGUCACCAAAGUCUGGAGACAUCCCCAACACCUCCACCUCUCCGAGGAGCGGCCACAGCAACUCCUCCAUCUCAGACUCUGGCAGGCGGGCAGUGUCCUCCUCAUCGUUUCUAAACAAAGCGGGACUGUCAAAGAAAAGCGGCUCUGAGGAGCAGGACAGGGCCCUCGACAUGAGCGUCACCUCAGCCAGAAGCCACGGACAGCUCCUCAGCCUGGGCGCCACAUCCUCUGUGCUGAGCAGCAUGGGCUUCCACCCGGGUGUGCGCUCUGCCUUCAAGCCGACCGGCGUCUCCAAAGUCCCUGCCGCGGACGCCUCCAGAGAGGACGCCAACGGGAAGCUUAGUGGUCUGGGAUUCAGCAAACUCAUUGGGAACAUGAAACCAAUCCGCAAUGUGGGCGAGACUCUAAAUGGAGGAGGGAGCCAUCCUCCAAAAUGCGCACCUGCAAUCAUGGACGCCACAUCUCCAAUGGCGCCUUGCACAAACGCUAUCCGGGGUUUCCCGUUGCUGCCUCACAUGGAGGAGACCUCGGCUUUUAAACACGUGGAGAGUCGGAUGCACUCCGGCCUGUCCCCGUCCCGUUACCCUCAGAUGCCCCCUGGACUCCAUUUUGAGAGGUUCACCCUCCCUCACUUCGACGGUGUUAAAACUUAUGGGGGAGACUGUAACAUCCCACUGAUGCCCUUCACUGUCUACAACGGGGAGCUUCUGUACAGCUCCCCUUACUAUCCGCUGAAAUUCCACUUCGGCAACCUCCUCAAGUACCCAGAGUCCAUGUCCUACUUUGGCGCGCCUGCACUGAGCCAAGACCUGGGCUCCAUCACAAACAUCGACCGGGAGAUCGCCAUGCACACGCAACAGCUGUCAGAAAUCGCCGCGGAGAAGAACCGGACGAGGCUGGACACGAUGCCCACCGGGGCCGCCAGCAACGCCGGGUCUGGCAAACCGAAAAAGGGACACCUGUGUCUGUACUGCGGCAAGCUGUACUCCAGAAAAUACGGCCUGAAAAUCCACAUGAGGACUCACACAGGUUACAAACCGCUCAAGUGCAAGGUGUGCUUCAGGCCCUUUGGAGACCCGAGCAACCUGAACAAACACAUCCGGCUCCACGCCGAGGGAAACACCCCCUACAGGUGCGACUUCUGCGGCAAGGUGCUGGUGCGGAGGCGGGACCUGGAGAGGCACGUCAAGUCCAGACACCCUGGACAGACCGUCAAGAAAUUGGACGACAAACCGGGAGGCCUGUUCGAGGACGCGGAGCAAAAGAGCGACAAUGACAGUGAUGUGGACGUGUGCUUCACUGACGACCAGAGCGACCAGGAGUCCAGCAAAAAUAAUGACUGAGGUGUUUUCACGCGCGUAGAGAGACUGCCCAUUGUCUUUAAAUGGUGUACACAACAAACAAAAAAAGUCAUUUAGUCUUGUAUUUACCCAAGAGCGUCUGAACUACACAACAUGACACAAAACCUCCAAAUUUAGCCCACCAUAAAUCUGCAAUUCAAAUCAUUAACCACACAGCUAAAUAGAGUUUUUGUUUGGUUUUUCAUAAACUUUAUUGUUCAUAAAUGAUUUACAGGUGACAGUUAAAUGUUUGGUGUCUUGCUCUAGGACACUGUCUUCAAAAAAACUAACAAAAAAAACCAAAACAUCUGUGGCCUGUGGGUUUUGGCAUGCGUCCUCAGCCACGAUCACAGACAAACGACACAAUCUGCCAGUGCUGUUUCAGGCAUUUUCGUUUGUUUGAAAUGCAAAUCACCAUAAUAGUUUUCUUUUUUUCUUUUUUUCAUUAACCUGCCUUUAUCUGCCGCGUUUCAAAUACUGACACUUCUACAAAACCAUCAAAACAACUGCACACAAAACAACAACAAUGAUCCAACCUCAGUUACAGAAAUUUACAGUCGCUUUUUAGAAAAAGAAAAUUUAAAAAAAUCAAGGUUGAAUAUGAGACUAAAUGACUUCUUAAGUUAGAUAUAUUUUUGCAGUGUAAAAAAAAAAAAAAGAACAGUUUUUUGUAACAUGUCUCCCCCUGAGAGAAGAUCCAUGAGCUUCACUAAAAAGAAACGAAAAAAGCACUACAUUCCAUCAGACUGGAUGUGGACACAUUCUGGGAAAUUAAGAGCUGCAAAAGAAUAUGAUUCUUUUUUUAAUUAUUAUUAUUAUUGUUUGUUUUUGUUUUAAUUGUGAAUAACAAUGCGUAACGCACUCGCAAUAUCCCCACAUUCCCUCCUAAACUGUUAGUUGCACUUUAAAAACAGCAAUGGGCAUUUCACUUCAGAAAAUCACCUGCACAAUAAUUCUUAUAACCGAACUUAUUCAUUUAAUCUCUUCAUUAAAGAUCUGUUUUCCCCUGCGCCUCGCAGGAUCACACACUGGACUUCAAUUUGCACUUUCUUGCGGAGGCGCGCUGUUCUUAAAGAGGCAGCAGCAGCAGCAACAGCAGCAGCACCCAGUUUAUUUAAGGAAGUAUUUCUAGAGAAAGAAAAAUGUAUUGAUUGCAGUUAAAAGGCUAUGUAAAGAAGUGUAAAGUAUGAUAUUUCACAUUUGAGUGGAGAAGUGUUGUAUACGUUUGUUUAUAAGUGAUAUUGUCUGCGAGGACAAUAUCUUA